GUUUGGUGACUAGUCGAUUGUUCUGUGUUCGCUGUGGUUAGUUUGUUGUUAAAGCCUUCCACAGGUUCGCACAGAUUCUCUCCGCUGCAACAGCGAUGGCAAGUCACGUCAAGAGCGAUGGAUCUGGAGCUGUGGAGAAGGACAGCGCUUUAGCGGGACAGACAGUCAGAGAGAACAUAACAGUAACUGAUAGCUUUAAUCAAAGUGUAUUCAGUCUGGAUCCUAAUGAGGAGUAUAAGAUGGACCACAAGAAGCGAGGAAUGGCUCUGAUCUUUAACCAUGAACGUUUUUACUGGCAGCUCAUGUUGAACAGCCGCUCUGGCACAAAUGCAGACGGGCAGAACCUUGUUAGAAGAUUUCAAGAUCUGGGUUUUGAAGUGAAGGCUUAUGAUGAUUACAAACGGGAAGACGUUUUAUCCAAAAUCAGAGAAGCUGCUGCUGCUAACCAUGUAGAUGCAGACUGUUUUGUCUGUGUCUUUUUAAGUCAUGGGGAAAAUGGUCACAUCUAUGCCUACGAUGGGCAGAUUGAAAUUCAAGAAAUCACUGAUUUGUUCAAGGGGGAUAAAUGCCGUAGCCUUGUAGGGAAACCCAAGAUCUUCAUCUUGCAGGCUUGUCGUGGUGACAAACAUGAUGAAGCUGUGACACCAAUGGAUGUGGUGGACAGUCAGACAGUCAAUGAUGUGGUUGUAGAUGCGGGGGCGCUCUGCACCCUUCCAGCAGGAGCAGAUUUUCUUAUGUGCUACUCAGUAGCUGAAGGAUAUUACUCUCAUCGUGAGACGGUGAAUGGCUCGUGGUACAUCCAGGAUCUGUGUGAAAUCCUCAAGCGUUAUGGGUCCACACUGGAGUUCACUGAUAUCCUGAUGCUUGUUAACAGGAAGGUUUCCUUCCGCAGCGUAGGAAACUCCAAGGAUCGCUCUGCUUUAGGCAAAAAACAAGUGCCUUGCUUUGCGUCCAUGCUUACUAAGAAGCUGUUUUUCAGGCCUAAGAAGGAACAUUAGUAUUGGGGCCCUAUUGCAGGUAAAAAUUCAGGGAUUAGAUUCUUUUAUUUGACUUUAUUUUGAGCUCCUAUAUAUAUACACAUUUUCAAAAUGGAAAUCAUGCAGGUUUGCAUGUGUUAGCCUGGAGGUUUGAUAAGCUCAGGAUUACUACGUGCAAAUAGUAUUUUAGUUUCAUUUUCCCAUUAAUGAUGAAAGAUAUCAGGUUUCACCAUUUACAGUAGCAAUGCAAAAAAAAUACUUUGAAUGAAAACUUGAAAUUUAUAGAAUUUUUUUUUUUUUAAGUAAUGUAUAUCAAUCCUGCACACUACAUUCAUGAUCUGUUAUUAAUAUCUCUAAAGCAUGAUCUCUUCAUUUGGUAGACAUGCAGUAGUACACCUCCAGAACUGUUGAGGACUUAGUUUAGUUUGGAAGGGAAAGAAACAGCAAGAAAAUCCAGUUAAACAGCUAAAAAAAAAAACUUGAAAAUCAUCAUAGAGCACAAACCUACUUGUCUAUACCAGCUUUGCAUACACAACUGAUUUUUUUCAGAGUAUGGAAUUAUAUGGGGGAUUAUGGUUUUUGUUUAAAUUGUGUAUCUUACGUGUCUUAAAUGUUGAAAAGAGUGACUUUUGGAGAUCUGUCCACAUCAAUACACUACACGUUUCUGACACAUCAAAUAUUUUGGUCUCGGAGUCUUUUAGUGUUGUGUGGCACAUGUGGCACUUGUUUUGUUAAAACUAAAAGUUAUUAUAUAUGAUAUGAACUGAAUGUCUCCAUACAUUUUUUACUCAGCUCUGUUAACUUGGAGUGGACUCUAUGGCCCUUUUAAUGUUGGUGCAAGCCUUAUAAUAUGUAAUGUGACUGCUUUCUGUCUGGUUGGAACAUGGAUUAUUGGAAAUUUGGGUUUUCUGCAACAUAUUGUAUAAUUAUCUUAAUAUGAAACGUGCAGUUAUCAGCAUUGAAUAGGCUUGCCUCUAUAUUCAAAUAACAUUCCUCUGCAUUUAAGACUUAAGUCUUUAUAGUUUAUAUAGUUUAUACCAGGUUUAUAGUGCAGGUUUAAACUCUUAAACUGAGGUGAUUUUUUUUUUACAUCAAUUACAUAAAAUCUUGACUAAUAAAUCAACAUUUAUAAUGUGAUUGUGGUUAAUA